AUGCAAAAGGUUGCUAGGUCAUCGCUCGAAAGCGACGCGCCACAUUACCCGAGUGUGGUGUCAAAUGAGCAAGGGCUUGCAGGUGGGGGCACAAGGGAGUGCGGCACGAAAGAAAGCGUGGUACGAGGGAGCGUGUUGAGGAAGGACUCUAGUCUGUGGAUUGAUUCUUGGAAUGUGGGGUCUCUUACGGGGAAAUCGACAAAAGUGGAAAUACACAGGACUAGGAAUGGAGUUGGGUUGAUUCUUGAUGAUAGGUUGUCGAAAGAGGUAAUCGAGGUCUAUCGGAAGAAUGAUAGGUUGAUAAGGGUGAAGUUGCUAUGUGGCAAGGAAAUUGUUAAUGUUAUUAGUGCUUAUGCUCCCCAAGCUAGUUUAGAUGCAGAGGGGAAACGACCAUUGUGGAAGGACUUAGACAAGGUGGUACAGGGUAUCCCCCACACAGAGAAACUAUAUAUUGGAGUGAUUUGA